CUCACACGCUUUUAGUGACAUGUCAAUCCACGAUGUGUCGGUAAGCGCAGCUGAGACGCAGGCCAUUGUAGAGGAGGCCCUGGGGCUGCGGAAGAAGCGACAAGCGCUGACCAUGCGGGAGAAGGAGCCAGACCUGAAGCUGGUGCAGCCCAUCCCCUUCUUCACCUGGAAGUGCCUGGGAGAGAGUUUGCUGGCCAUGUACAACCACCUCACCACCUGUGAGCCUUUGCGGCCCAGCCUUGGCAAGAGGAUUGACCUGUCCGACUACCAGGACCCCAGCCAGCCUCUGGUGUCUUCUGUGGUGGUGGCACCUGUCAGCGUGAUCCAGCCCAGCCCCGUCACCGCCAGCCCGGCUGUGGCUGUGGCAGAACCUGUGCUCUCCUAUGCCCCCGUGGCCGCGGCCAGCUUCCCGCUGCACAGUCCCAGCCUAUUGGAGACCGGCGUGCCUGUGGGUGAUAUUUCUGGGGGAGAUAAAUCCAAGAAAGGAGUAAAACGGAAGAAGAUUGCAGAAGAGAGUGGAGAGACAGCGAAGCGGCGGUCUGCCCGUGUCCGAAACACCAAGUGCAAGAAAGAAGAGAAGGUAGACUUCCAGGAGCUUCUGAUGAAGUUUUUGCCGUCCAGGCUGAGAAAGCUGGACCCCGAGGAGGAAGAUGACCCAUUUAAUACUUACGAAGUCCAGUCAGAAGCCAAACUGCAGAGCUUCCCGAACAUCGGCCCUCACCGACUGUCAUACGAUUCGGCUACGUUCAUGGAGUCUGAGAAGCAGGAUGUACAUGCGUUCCUGUUGGAGAACCUGACCAACGGGGGCAUCCUGGAGCUGAUGAUGCGCUACCUGAAGAGCAUGGGCCAGAAGUUCCUGCUGAGGUGGCCACCGGGCCUCACGGAGGUUGUGCUCGGCGUCUAUCACAGCUGGAGGAGGCACAGCACCAGCCUGCCCAACCCGCUGCUGAGGGACUGCAGCAACAAGCAUAUCAAGGAUAUGAUGUUGAUGUCUCUCUCCUGCAUGGAGCUCCAGCUGGACCAGUGGCUGCUGACCAAGGGCAGAAGUUCUGCAGUGUCUCCUCGGAACUGCCCUGCUGGUGUGGUGAAUGGCAGGUUUGGGCCUGAUUUCCCAGGAACCCACUUCCUGGGGGACCUCCUACAGCUGUCGUUUGCCUCAUCCCAGCGGGACCUGUUUGAGGAUGGCUGGCUGGAGUUUGUGGUCCGCGUUUAUUGGUUGAAGGCUCGGUUCCUGGCACUGCAGGGAGACAUGGAGCAGGCCCUGGAGAACUAUGACAUCUGCACAGAACUGCUCCAGAGCUCCACUGCCAUCCAGGCUGAGGCAGGGACUGAGCAGAGAGACAUCAUCAUCCGCCUGCCCAACCUCUACAAUGAUUCGGUCGUUUCCUUGGAGGAGAUUGAUAAGAACCUGAAGUCGCUGGAGCGGUGCCAGUCCCUGGAGGAGAUUCAGCGGCUCUACGAGGCUGGGGACUACAAGGCCGUCGUGCAUCUGCUUCGCCCCACCUUGUGUACCAGUGGAUUUGACCGGGCUAAACACCUGGAGUUCAUGACUUCUAUUCCGGAGAGGCCGGCCCAGCUGCUGCUGCUGCAGGACUCCUUGCUCCGGCUAAAGGACCACCGACAGUGUUUCGAGUGCUCUGACGUGGCUUUGCACGAGGCCGUCCAGCAGAUGGUGAAUGUGAGUGAGUCUGCAGCCAAGGAGGAGUGGGUGGCCACGGUGACCCAGCUGCUGCUGGGCAUUGAGCAGGCGCUCUCGGCUGACAACAGUGGCAGCAUCCUGAAGGAAUCGUCUUCCUCCACUGGCCUCACCCGGCUCACCAACAAUCUCAUCCAGGUCAUCGACUGCAGCAUGGCCGUGCAGGAGGAGCCCAAGGAGCCCCAUGUCUCUUCAGUGCUGCCCUGGAUCAUCCUGCACCGGAUCAUCUGGCAGGAAGAGGACACCUUCCACUCCCUCUGCCACCAGCAGCAGCUACAGAACCCAGCAGACGAAGUGAUGGCCGAGACACCUAUGCUCCCAUCCUCCCUCAUGCUGCUCAACACAGCCCACGAAUAUUUGGGCAGGAGGUCCUGGUGCUGCAAUUCCGAUGGGGCUCUGCUGCGAUUCUACGUAAGAGUUCUCCAGAAGGAGCUUGCUGCAUCCACCUCAGAAGACACACACCCCUACAAGGAGGAGCUGGAGACGGCCUUGGAGCAGUGCUUCUACUGCCUGUACAGCUUCCCGAGCAAGAAGAGCAAGGCGAGGUACCUGGAGGAGCACUCGGCCCAGCAGGUGGACCUUAUUUGGGAGGAUGCCCUGUUCAUGUUUGAGUAUUUUAAGCCCAAGACCCUUCCUGAAUUUGACAGCUACAAGACCAGCACUGUGUCUGCUGACUUGGCCAACCUUCUGAAGAGAAUCGCCACCAUUGUGCCCCGCACAGAAAGGCCAGCACUGAGCCUGGACAAAGUCUCCGCCUACAUUGAGGGUGCCUCGGCUGAGGUGCCCUGCCUCCCUGAAGGGGCCGACCCCUCCCCUCCAGUGGUGAAUGAACUCUACUACCUCCUGGCUGAUUACCAUUUCAAAAACAAGGAGCAGUCCAAGGCCAUCAAGUUCUACAUGCAUGACAUCUGCAUCUGCCCCAACAGGUUUGAUUCCUGGGCAGGCAUGGCUCUGGCCCGGGCUAGUCGCAUUCAGGACAAGCUGAACUCCAAUGAGCUGAAGAGUGAUGGGCCCAUCUGGAAGCACGCCACGCCUGUCCUGAACUGCUUCCGACGGGCCCUGGAAAUCGACAGCUCCAACCUGUCCCUGUGGAUCGAGUAUGGCACCAUGUCUUACGCCUUGCACUCCUUCGCCUCACGCCAGCUGAAGCAGUGGAGAGCUGAGCUGCCCCCUGAGCUCGUGCAGCAGAUGGAGGGCCGGCGUGACAGCAUGCUGGAGACAGCCAGGCACUGUUUCACGUCUGCGGCCCGCUGCGAGGGCGACGGUGAUGAGGAGGAGUGGCUCAUCCACUACAUGCUGGGCAAGGUCGCCGAGAAGCAGCAGCAGCCGCCUGCUGUUUACCUGUUGCACUACAGACAGGCCGGCCACUAUCUGCACGAGGAGGCUGCCCGCUACCCCAAGAAGAUCCACUACCACAACCCACCUGAGCUGGCCAUGGAGGCCCUGGAGGUGUACUUCCGGCUCCACGCUUCCAUCUUAAAGCUCCUGGGGAAGCCCGACUCUGGGGUCAGUGCAGAGGUCCUGGUCAACUUCAUGAAGGAGGCUGCAGAAGGACCCUUUGCCAGGGGCGAGGAGAAGAAUACGCCCAAAGCUUCAGAGAAAGAGAAGGCCUGCCUGGUGGACGAGGACUCCCACUCUUCAGCUGGGACACUGCCGGGCCCCGGAGCCUCCCUCCCCUCCUCCUCUGGCCCAGGUCUGACAUCCCCACCUUACACAGCUACUCCGAUUGACCACGAUUACGUCAAAUGUAAAAAACCCCACCAGCAGGCGACGCCGGACGAGCGCAGCCAGGACAGCACAGCCGUGGCGCUCUCAGACUCUAGCUCAACACAGGACUUCUUUAAUGAGCCUGCCAGCUCGUUGGAGGGUUCCCGGAAGCUAUACGUGGAGAAGAAGCUGCCCAUUUCCAGUUCCCAAGCAGGACCGACUGCUAAAGACCUUCAGGGGGCCACAGAGGAAAGAGGAAAAACCGAGGAGUCCUUGGAGAGCACAGAAGGCUUCCGGGCCACGGAGCAAGGCAGCCAGAAGCCUGCUGCAGACCCCCCAGCCUCUGCCUGCAUUGCUGUCAAACCCGCGGCAUCUGCACCUGCCCUGUGGGACGGGAGGAAGAGAGCUGACCCCCUUGCGGAGCCAGCAGCCUUUCCCCAGGGGCUGCCGGCUGGGGCGGAGGAGCGGCGCCAGUUCCUUACAGAGCAGUGCAUCGCCGCCUUCCGCCUGUGCCUCAGUCGCUUCCCCCAGCACUAUAAGAGCCUUUACCGACUGGCCUUCCUCUACACCUACAGCAAGACCCACCGGAACCUCCAGUGGGCCCGCGACGUGUUGCUAGGCAGCGGUAUCCCGUGGCAACAACUGCAGCACAUGCCGGCACAGGGGCUCUUCUGUGAGAGGAACAAGACCAAUUUCUUCAACGGCAUCUGGCGGAUCCCCGUGGACGAGAUCGACCGGCCGGGCAGCUUCGCCUGGCACAUGAACCGCUCCAUUGUGCUGCUGCUGAAGGUGCUGGCCCAGCUCCGGGACCACAGCACCCUGUUGAAGGUGUCCUCCAUGCUGCAGCGGACCCCGGACCAGGGCAAGAAGUAUCUGCGAGAUGCUGACCGCCAGGUCCUGGCACAGCGGGCCUUCAUCCUCACUGUAAAGGUGCUGGAGGACACUCUGAGCGAGCUUGCAGAGGGGUCAGAACGCCCAGGGCCCAAGGCCUGUGGCCUCCCUGGAGCCAGGAUGACCACUGACGUCCCCCACAAGGCCAGUCCUGAGGAUAGUCAAGAAGGCCUCCCCCACUCCAAGAAGCCCCCUCUGGCUGAUGGCUCAGGGCCAGGGGCCGAGCCAGGAGGCAAGGCGGGCCCUCUCAACCACCGGCCUGUGGCCAUGGAGGCAGGAGACAGUACAGACCAGGCCGGGGAUCGGAAGGACAAGGAGAGUCCCCGGGCAGGGCCUACCGAGCCCAUGGACACGGGUGAGGCCACUGCUCGCUGCUCAGACUCCGAACGGGCGCCACCGCCACAGCCAGGCCGCCCCCCAAGGGACCGUGGCCCCGAGAGCCGUCCCACUGAGCUCUCCUUGGAGGAGCUGAGCAUCAGUGCCCGGCAACAACCCAGCCCGCUCACAUCGGCCCAGCCAGCCCCGGCUGCCGCCCCUGCCACCACCCCUGGGGCCAGAGGGGGCAGCCACCCCGAGGAGCCACCCACACGGCCCAGCCGAAAGAGGAAGCUCCUAGAGGACACAGAGUCGGGCAAGACACUGCUGCUGGAUGCCUACCGUGUGUGGCAGCAGGGCCAGAAGGGUGUGGCCUACGACCUGGGCCGCAUCGAGAGAAUCAUGUCCGAGACCUACAUGCUCAUCAAGCAGGUGGACGAGGAGGCUGCGCUGGAGCAGGCCGUGAAGUUCUGUCAGGCCCACCUCGGGGCCGCCGCCCAGAGACAGGCCGCAGGGGACACACCUACCACCCCAAAGCACCCCAAGGACAGCCGAGAGAACUUUUUCCCUGGGGCUGUGGCCCCCACGGCUCCUGACCCUGUGCCGGCCGAUGCUCUCCAGCGGCCCAGUGACACUCACGCCAAGCCUCGCCCUGCACCGGCUGCAUCCACGGCGAUCAUCCCCUGCCCUCCCUCAGUGUCGGCCUCCACUCCAGAGCCGUCCAAGGACUCUGGGUCCCCCCGGCUACAUAGGCCAGAGGCCACCCCCAGCAUGAUCUCUCUGGGCCCAGAGGAAGAAGAGCUGGCAGGAGGGACAGAGGGCGUGGGCUUCCCGCCGCAGGAGCCACUGCACAGUGAGCAGGUGAAGACCGUCCCCGAGAGCCCUUCGAAAGAGCCCUGCCGGCCCACAGAGCCCACGCCCCGGCCAGGCACCGAACCCACCUGCAGCCAGGUCACCAGCUCCAAGGUGCCCAGCGGUGCGAGUGCCCAGCCACCCGAGGGCCCCCCCGGCAAGGCAGAGCCCGGCCGGGCCAAAUCGCGCCUCCUGCCGAGCAUGCCGAAGCUGGUCAUCCCCUCGGCCGCCACCAAGUUUCCCCCUGAGAUCACCGUCACACCGCCCACCCCAACCCUGCUCUCACCCAAAGGCAGCAUCUCGGAGGAGACCAAGCAGAAGCUGAAGUCCGCCAUCCUGUCUGCCCAGUCGGCCGCCAACGUGCGGAAGGAGAGCCUGUGCCAGCCGGCCCUGGAGGUCCUGGAGACGUCAAGCCAGGAGUCCUCUCUGGAGAGUGAGACGGAUGAGGAUGACGACUACAUGGACAUCUGAGGGCUGGAGCCGCCCCCCUUGGCCUGAGCCCCUCGGCGUGUGCCAGGCCCAGGUGGAGCACUGUUCCCCACGCAGACCCCAGUCUGCCCAGCCUCCGUCCCUCGCGGUGUCCUCCCCACCCGCUUGGGCUCUCGUCUGUCCCCACUGCAUGGGGGCCCAGAGGAGGCUGAGCUUGGCCACGUGAAGCCGGCCGCAGCUCACAUAGCAGGGCUGGCAUCCUUUUCUAUGAAAUGUUGACUUUGUACAAAUGUGCCCAAGCCCAGUCCGGGUGGCCAUGUCCACACCUUGACGCCCGGGUGGGCCGGGUUCUGCCUGUGUCACAGUGGAGGGGUCAUUUAGGGUUGGGCUCGCCCCACUCCCUUUUUUUGGUUUCUUUUCUAAUAAAGAUGGAACAGUU